ACCGCCAAAAGGCUCGCUCUUUCAUAAUUCCAUUGCCCUGUGAUUGUAACUUCUACUUCAAUCUCCACAUCUCAACAUCCUGAUUACGGGUUUUAACCUCGGUGGAUCACAUUCUCUCGUCAGCAGCUACAAAAAGAGCCUGGUUUCGCCCAAUUCAAUGAAUUCUGUCGAUCUCCAGCGCACCCAGAAAGGAAAAAUCAGUUUUUCAGACAACCAAUUUUGUGUAUAUCCCUGGGAUACAUACAGGUUGUGUCCAUUCUUACCCCUGUUCGUCUAAUUUGCCCAAUUUCUGUCUCAACAAGACUUGGUUGGAUUAAUAUGUGCAGCACUUUUGUGUCUAUAUACAAAGAUUACACAGUGAGCGUCUAUCUUGCCGUUGUAGUGUCACCCACAAGAGAACCUAUUCACUAUCACAGUGAUGCACAGCCUGUUCUGUAAUAUAUACACACAAUAAGUAUACGCACUGUCUCUGUUUGGCCUAAUUCCCACAUUUUCCACAUACCCAGAAGAGGGAUUCAGAUUUUGUUGUAUUAUUCCAUGGAGACGCUGAGAGAGAUUAUACAUCGUAAGUAUCCAAUCGGCGUUUAGUUCCCCUAAUUUCUUGAGCACCCACUUCUUUGGAUUUAUAUAUGCAGCACUGGAGGCCCCUGUUCGAAGAUAUACACAGGAAAAAAGGGAGGAGGAGAACGAUUGCAGGCCUCGCUUUGCUUACAUGAUAUGGGCUCCAAAGGCUUGAAAUACCAAUCCUUGAAUAUAUACUCAUAGGAGAUACAAAGAACAAAAGGGAGGAGUGCUGACCCGGCUUUCAAUAUAUGAAAUGGCUUACCAAGAUUUGAAAUCUGAAUCUUUGGAUACAUACACAUAGCUGGGCCUUACGGCUGAGUUUACUUCAGAAAUCCCAGAAAUCUGGAAGAAAUUUGAAAGGCCAAUUUUGUGGCUGGUGUUGAAAUCUAAAUUUUUGACAUAUAGAGUGUUAUAAAGUGGCUAUGCCUUUGCCAUGCACAAUGAAUGGGCCAAGGAUUACGGGAAUGGAUUCAGCCUAUGGUUUGAGUGUGCAGCACAGGGGAGCAGAUGAUGGGAGCCCAGGUCUGGAUUCCCAGCUCUGGCAUGCCUGUGCUGGAGGCAUGGUGCAGAUGCCAUCAGUGAAUGCAAGGGUCUACUAUUUCCCACAGGGACAGGCUGAACACUCAGCCACCAAUGUGGAUUUCCCGGCUAGUCUCAGGGCCAACCCUGCAAUCCUCUGCAGGGUCAUUAAUGUCAAGUACAUGGCGGAUACAGAGACAGAUGAGGUAUAUUCAAGAAUCAGACUGGUGCCCAUCAAGCCCAAUGAGGUCUUUGAGGAUUGCAACAAUGAGGAGAGCGAAAACAAUACAUCUGCCACAGAGAAGCCCGUGUCUUUUGCCAAAACUUUGACACAGUCUGAUGCCAACAAUGGUGGUGGAUUCAGUGUCCCCAGGUACUGUGCAGAGACCAUUUUUCCCAGGUUAGAUUACUCCACAGACCCCCCUGUGCAGACAGUCUUGGCAAAGGAUGUUCAUGGUGAGGUAUGGAAGUUUAGGCAUAUAUACAGGGGUACUCCUAGGAGGCAUCUGCUGACUACUGGAUGGAGCACUUUUGUGAAUCAGAAGAAGCUUGUAGCAGGGGAUUCAAUUGUGUUUCUGAGGAGUCUCAAUGGGGAGCUGUGUGUGGGGGUUAGGAGGUCCACACGGAGUACAGGUGGAGGUGACUCGUCUGCCUGGCACCUGACCGGUCAGCAGCAGCAGAAUGGUUUAUACGGGAGUACAGGCUGUGCGUCUCCCUAUAGGAGUAGCUCUAGAUGGGAGGUUAAAGGGGGCGAUAAUUUUUCUGCUGCUUUCUUUGGUGGUGGAGGAGACAAGGGUACUGGUAAUGGGAAUUCAAAUGGGUUUGCCAGGAAUAGGGGUAAGGUCAGUGCCAAGUCUGUGAUUGAGUCUGCCACAUUGGCUGCUUCUGGGCAGCCCUUUGAGGUCGUGUAUUACCCAAGGGCUAGUACACCCGAGUUCUGUGUCAAGGCGCAAGCUGUUGACAAUUCUUUGCGGAUCCAGUGGUCUGCAGGUAUGCGUUUUAAGAUGGCCUUUGAGACCGAGGAUUCUUCUAGGAUCAGUUGGUUCAUGGGCACCAUUUCGUCGGUUCAAUUUGCUGAUCCGAUUCACUGGCCUAACUCUCCAUGGCGGCUUUUACAGGUAACAUGGGAUGAGCCAGAUUUGCUACAGAAUGUGAAGCGAGUGAGUCCAUGGCUGGUUGAAGUUGUUUCUAACAUGCCUCCAAUCCAAUUGUCACCUUUCACGUUACCCAAGAAGAAGCUUCGAGUUAGUCAGCAUCCAGAGUUUCAAUUUGAGGGGCAGGGAAUUAUUGGAGGACUUCAAAUGGCUACACUUACCAAUAAUAUGCUAGGGCAGAUUAACCCUUGGCAUGGUCUUUCAGAAAAUGUUCCUGCAGGCAUGCAGGGAGCCAGGCAUGGUCAUAUAUACGGGAUUGCUUUGUCAGACUUACGUCCCAACAAAGUCCAAUCUGGGUUGUUCUUAGAUAAUCUACACCAUCAUGAGCAAGGGACGAUAUCGACCUUAUCGAAUCCUGUCUCCACAGAGCUUAACAUUGGGAGCUUCUCCCAGUUUGAUCGCUCUAGUGUGCAGGACAACCUCUCAUGUUUGUUAACAGUGGGCAAUUCAUCUCCAAGUGAACAGAAAACAACCAAUGGGAAGGCUGGUAGCUCAACCACAAGGAGUGCACCAUUUCUGCUCUUUGGGAAAGCUAUUCACCCCGAACAGUCUUCCAAAUCUCCACAGCAACAGCAAUCAGGAGUUAGUUCGUCUGAUGGCCCAGGUCAUCAGACAGUGAAUGACAUUGGGUCACCAGGGCUCACAAGCAAUAGCUCAACAGAUGGAAAUCCAGAAGCUUUAGAUAAAUCACAAAGAGCGAUGACUGUUAGGUCAGAUGUUUCCAAACUCUCGGAAAAUUCUGGAUUAAGACUCUCUCAUGGGGAUACCUUUGAUUCUGCUGUUAACAAUGGCCUUGUUAGCCAUGCAUGGUUCAAAGAUCAAACAUCAAUGCUAACAUUAGAAAAAUGUAAUGGAGGAAAGACAGCUGAAGACGGCAUUGUACACUGUAAAGUGUUUAUGGAGUCUGAAGAUGUCGGUAGAACCCUUGAUCUGUCACUCUUUAGUACUUACGAUCAGCUCUUUAACAGGCUAGCAAAUAUGUUUGGCAUAGAAGAGUCCGACCUAGCAAAUCGUGUUCUUUACAAAGAUACUACUGGUACCGUAAGGCAUACUGGGGAUGAACCAUACAGGGAGUUUAUGAAGACUGUAAGGAGGCUUACAAUCUUAUCUGACUCUGGCAGCGACAAUGUCGGAAGCUAAUGGUUUAUAGGCAUUCUGCUUUAUGUUUUGGCAUCAAAGCGUAUGAGGAAGCUGUGCAAAUCAAUACUUUGCUUGCACGGAUGAAUAUAUUUUAUAUCAUACACUAUAAUAUCUUAUCAUGGAACAAAGGAAAGUUUUCCAAAACAUACAUGUUUUUUAAAAAUCCAGUUUCUGUUUUUAUGUACAGUGAAUGUCUUCUAGAGGCAUUGAACUCCCAGGCUGUUGUCUUUUAUUAACAUUUCUGUUGACAUUUUGAGGCUAUCAGUUGUCCUCUAUCAGUCAGAUGGAUGAUUGGCUGAAAUGAUAUGUUCUAUUUUCUCACAUUGAAAGGUUCAAAGAAUGAAAUGAUUUGUUGGUCUAA